AUGGAGAAACAACCAAAUCUUCAGGGUUUUCCAAAAUACUGCAUGGGAUUUGGGCCAUCCAAUUCUCACGGUCCCAAACUGAAAAGGAAAAUGAAAGCAAAUGUAAACACUUUUUGCUUUGUGAGUCGACCGGACUUCAUAGGUAUAGACUCUGACAAAAAUAGUGGAAUCGGUUACUACCUUGCUACCAAGAAACUGAAGUGUGGCUUACCAGCUCCCCAUGACUGCAUCCAGCCAUUAGAAGUACAGUUUUUCAAUAAGGUGUCCUUAAUGCUUGAACUAAGGAUAAAUGGAGAAUCUGGGAAACUGAAAAACAUUGAUUGCUAUUUCAAGAUGGCAACUCUGAAAUGCCUUCCACUGAGAUUACAAGCAGAAACAAUUGGUGUUAAUAUGGCAUCUUUACGAACGUUAUCAUUCACUUUCCUACUGUUGAAUGUUUUAAGUAACAUUCAAGCAGGGGAUGAUUGCUUAUCAUGUUCAAAACCCAACAUUUCAGAACUUGGAAAAAGCAUUAUGAUUAAAUGCAAGGAUAAUGCACCCAUUCUUUCUAUGGGAUUGAGAUUCUGCCCCCUCAAGGGAGAUCAUUGUACUCGCAAAGGUGUCAUCUAUCAACAUAAUAGUACCUUGACUGAUGGUGAAAUAACAUUGGCAUUUCACAGCAAUACGGCUUCUCUGAAUAUUAGCCAAAUAAAGAUAUCACAUGAAGGAAACUAUAAAUUAGUUUAUGUCACUGAAAACUGUAUGAAUAACCUGACUAUAUCUCUAGAGGUGUUUGCACCAUAUACGAGACCUCAAAUAAUGAAACAGAACGACACUCUUAUUUGUACAGUAUCUGGAGGUUAUCCAGAGGAGAAGCUCUAUUGGGUUUCUAAAGCUGGAAGCAACUUGACCCAUAAAUCAACAUCUCAGUCUGUAAAAAAUGAGGAUGGGUCAUUCAGCCUGAGCAAUAUCCUUCAACUGGAAUCUGCUCCCUCUGAAACUGAAUAUUGCUGUAUUUUCAACAACACAAGAAUUCCUGGCAGACAACCAGCCUCUCCAUGUACGACACUUGAAAAUGUUAGAGCUUCCAAGAUUAUAACAGAAGUGACCACACUGAAUAUGACUGAGACAAUAGUCAUUGUGAUAGCUGUUAUAUCAUUGGUUAUUUUAUUGGCUGUAAUUUGGCGGAAAAGAGGGAGGAAAAAAUAUUUUUCUGCAGAAAUGGCAGAAAAUCACUCAUGCAAACAAAUUCAUGUAGUAGAAUAGAGAGUUUUCCCUGCUUUCUUCCAACUCAAUGAAAAAAAUCCAUCAUCGUUGGAAGAACAUACUUGCAUAUCCAGCUUAAUAAAAGAAAUGGUCUUCAUUAGGGACUUGGUAAAGGACUGUAUGAUAAAGUGGGCACAAAAUUUUCAGGAGCCAAUAUUAUUGGAAACUUGGGAAAAAAUUUGGGUUAGAAAUGUUAAAUUCACGCAGGCACAGAAUUUGAGGGAAAUUUUUUAUAAAAUGUUUUAUAGAUGGCAUUUAGAUCCUAAAAAAUUAUCAUGUAUGUAUCCAGAUAUGCAAGCAAAAUGUUGGAGAUGUAAUUGUGAUGACGCUACAUAUUUUCACAUUUGGUGGACUUGUAAGGAUAUAAAGGCCUUUUGGAUAAAAAUUUGGUGGAUCUUACAAAAUGUUUUGAAAAAGAAGAUAAAGUUCCUGCCGCAAUUUUUUUUGUUGGGAAUUAUUACGGAUUGUACAGUAAUUGAGACUAAAUUGAUUUUAAAUCUAAUAACAGCAGCAAGAUUACUAAUAGGACAAUACUGGAAGAAAAAAGAAGUACCUACAAUAGAAGAAUGGAUAUUGAAAGUUGCCAAUUUGGCUGAGAUGGCGAAGAUAUCAGCCUUUUUGAAAGACAAUACGCAAGAAAGAUACUUAAAGGAAUGGAAAAAAUGGAUUGACUAUAUUCAACGUAGAUAUCAGACUAAGAGUUAUCAGACUGUUUUUGAAUGAUUAUGAUGUAUUAUUUUUGAUUGUUUUCGGGGGAAGUUAGGAAUUGAUGAUUGUAGGGGUAUAAUUAAGUUGGGACGAAAAUUUUUUAGCAUAUGUUUGUUUUAUUUUUAACUAUACCUUGUGCUCGUUCCGGG